CGGAACUGGCCAUCAGUUUACCAUGACUCGGUUAGUAAGCAGUAUUAUCUGUGUUUGGGCUUCGCUACUGUUGUCCAUUUCGGCUCAGUAUCUCCAAAAUGAAGCCCUUCUGCAGGCUCAGGCCACGUGCGUUGAAUAUCUCGGUAUUCCGGAGGCCCGUCUCGAGCAGUACAACAUUAGCGUCUAUCCGCCGGAUCGCGAUACCAUGUGCAUGAUUCGUUGCGCUGGAAUUGUUCUAGGAUUUUGGGAAGAUGAACAAGGUCUGCUCAUCGACGGGGCGAAGCAACUGUUCCCGGAUUCCGGCGAUGUAGACUUGGUAGCGCAGAAAGUCCUCCACUGCGCUGAACGGAAGCUGUUAUCUUGUGAUCCCGCGGAUGCUUGUGCCAGAGCCUACUACUCUUUCCGCUGUGCCAUGCGAAAGUUUGAACCUUCCAAUUCAGCUUUGUCUACAGACCAGAAGCUGACCCCAGAAAAGUUCCUCAAGGCACAGAUCGUCUGUGCCAACAUCCUCCGCAUUCCUCACGAUCAUCUGAAGCUGUACAACCAAGGAGUCUACCCGGACGAUGCGGAAACUCGAUGCCUGCUCCGAUGCAUAGGAGUUCGUCUGGAACUAUACAGUGAUGCGAUGGGACCGAACUUGGAUCGACUCCACUCUGAAUUCGCCAUAGAUCAACCACUAGAAGAAUUCAAAACGAGAGCCACGUUAUGCUGCGAAGCCAACCGUCCCUUGAUCCAAGACUACUGCACCGCCGCCUACCGUAAUCUGUACCUUUGCUUCAGGGAGCACUUCAACGCGUUCACCUCUCAGAAUCGCCAAACUCUACUGAGUCACACGUCAAGCCCACAAACCUGUAUUGAUCUAGAGUCCGAUAUUCUCCUCUACGGCGAUGAUGUUUAGGCAAUAAAAACUCAAACCCAGCCCAGAACAUG